GAUGGAAAAUACAUGUUAUUCUUGUUACAGCCAGCAAAGUUUUUUUCGCGAGGCAAAAGCAAAACAAGCUAGAGGCGAAAUUUGUCUGCACCUCCGAUGACUCCCUGUGCUGGAUGUCGGUGUCACUUGCCCGUUCGUUUAUGUUCCAUGUGCAAAAUUUAUAUACGGGCUAGUAAUAGGAAUAGGAAAAGCACAAUAGUAAACAUGCAAAUUACUGUGAAUUAGGCAUUCGCCGUCCGUGGUCGACAACGAGUCGAGGGAGAGAGAGAGAGAGUGGCUCUCCGCAUGCUGAGUCAUAGAAGUGAAUGGUGCAAAUGCAGUGCUCGUUUGAAGUAACUGCAAAAGCUAUCACGUGUCGACGGCGGAGAAUCUAGCUAUGAGUAUGACCGCAUAACACGUUGACACUUGUUUUGACGCAUACCUUCUGUUGACGCAGUCAACACAGCUCUACUGUACGGUAAUAUGUGGAUACCGGCUGCCCAUAAGCGCGCCGAUCUAUAACUCAUUAUAUCUAUAGAUGAUAAGAGAUAAGUAGGGGAAGAAGAGUAAAAUAAGAAGAAUUUAUAAAACUCAUAUCAGAUCUGAUCUCGUCGAAUUCAUUAGAUCUAUCGAAACAGGGAAAUAUUGUUGAAUUGUUGUAGGUGAAAUUUAAGAAGAACUAAAACUCUAAAAAGCGAUUCAAAGCUAAAUGAGCAGUUCUUUUACUCAACAUCAACAGAGCGAUUUCCAACAAACUUUUUAGAGUUUUACUCUAUAACGACCACGUCAACAUCUGGUCCUCUAAAGUCCGUUGAAGCAAAAAUUACCGAACAUCUUCUGUGUGAUCAGAUUUAUGUGAUAUACGAGAACAAAGGUUAUAUAACCUCGUCAUGUCGUUACCAGUGCAGUACAAUUGCCCGCAGUGUAAAGAGCCUGAUCAGGCGGAUAAUAUGGUGGCCUGUGAUAAAUGCGAUGCCUGGCAUCAUUUCAGAUGUGCUGGUGUGAAUGACUCAAUAGCAGAUCGGUCGUGGCGGUGUAUCAAUUGUCGCUUGAGGACGUCAUCAGUUCCUUCUAAUUCGUCUCGAAAGUCAAUGUCCCAAGCACAAGCAGAACUACAUCUCAAAAAAUUGGACGAGGAAAGAGCAAUGCAAGCUAAACAUCUUUCCGAGGAGUUUGCUCUCAAACAAGCCAAGUUGGCGCAACAAGAAGAAGCGUUAAAAUUACAAAUGGCAUUGGACCAGCGAUAUAUGGAACAACGAUAUGCAGUUUUACAAGCGACGCUAGAAGAAAAUGAUGGAAAGAGUCGGUCAACGUGCAGUCAGCAAAGCAGUAGAAGUAAGGUCAAUGAUUGGAUGGAAAAGCAGCAAGAACAAAUAACGGGUGCGAAAUCGGAAACAAACAAUUUUCCCGUCGACACUAGUUCGUUCGCUGCAAUCCAAAUAAGUUCAUCUAAAACCACUAGCGCUGCUGCUGAACAAAAGUCUGUACCCGUCAGUUCCACUUCUACUAGUAUCUUUGACUUUGCUACUUCCCGCUUGGUGUAUACGGGAACCAUACCCAAAAGACCAUUUGCGAGUAUUCCAGAUGCUCUUCCUGUAAUACCAUCACCUAUUGUAACGCCCAGGAUUAUCCCGACAUCAACCUCUAUCGGUGCCACCCGUUCUACAAUAAUAAGUCAACCUGUGUUUUCAACGGGACAAGGGUUACGAGGAUGUGAGAUGUAUCCAGUUUCUGCCGACAAUGCUGUUUGGAAUGUGCUACCUAUUACCUGUACUGCAGCCACUAACCCUUCUACAAGUCAAGCAGCUCCGUUCGUGCCAGAACGUACUUAUAUUGUACCGACAUCGUGUUCAUCUGGUAAUGUUAAAACGGGUGUAACGUCUCUGUUAGCUUCAAAUACAGAAGGUAAUUAUAGUGUCCAUCAAAGCUCAGGAGGUAAGACAUUAGAAAAAAUCCUCGAUCAAAUAAACAAUAGAAUAGGAGAGUUAAUGAUAGAAAAUAGGUCAAUGAGAGUGCCCAAUACAAAUAUGUUUCCCCCACGCUUACGACCUGUAACUUCUCAAAACUCAUCGAUAAAUCCUACUAGUAGAAAUGAAUUUAGAUGGUCUCAUAGUACACCUCACGUUAACCAUAAUCGAAUGCAUACUCCCCAUUUGGGACAGACUCAAAUGCAAAUUUCGUCUCCAAUAUUGCCUGAAAAUGAUCGUAACAUGCAUAAUUCAGCAAUUAGCUCAUCUAUUGGUGUAGUUGUGCCAUCACAGCAACAAUUAGCUGCUCGGCAAGUAGUCUCUAAGGAGUUACCAGUUUUUUCGGGUAAUCCACUGGAGUGGCCAUUAUUCGUGAGCAGCUAUGAGAACUCGACAGCUUUAUGUGGGUUUUCGGAUGCGGAAAACAUGAUGCGAUUGCAACGCUCAUUGAGAGGUAAUGCACUAGAAGCGGUGCGCAGUAAUUUGUUGAUGCCGAAUGCAGUGGCACGCGUAUUGAGUACUCUGAGGAUGCUGUAUGGCAGACCAGAAUUGGUAGUUAACGCUUUGCUAGAGAAAGUUCGGUCCACCCCUCCUCCAAAAGCGGAAAGAUUAGAAACACUCAUUGCAUACGGACUCGUUGUACAGAAUCUGUGUAGUCAAUUGAUUGCAUCUGGACAAAUUGCUCAUCUCGGCAACCCGUGUCUUUUGCAAGAACUUGUUGAAAAAUUACCGGCCAAUAUCAAGAUGGAUUGGGCGCGGUAUAAGCGAAAAGUAUCGUUUCCUGAUCUUACCACGUUCGAGGAAUAUAUGACGUCAGUAAUCGAAGAGGCAAGCGAGGUGUCACUGUUCACCGAGACAGAUCGAGGCAAGGAAACAAAAAGAGCAUUCAUUCGAGAUAAGGCGUUUGUGAACGCACAUGGUAUCGAUGAAACUGCUAAAGAAAAAAAUGUUCAAAAUAGAAAAGUUCAAGACCAAACAAAAGGUAAAUGUUGUCCAAUUUGUCAAUUGUUUGGACACAAAGUGAAAGAUUGCUCUAAAUUCAAAUCACUGAAUUUACUUGAACGUUGGAAGUCAGUGGAAGAUCAGCAAUUAUGUCGCCGUUGUCUUGUUCGUCACGGAAAAUGGCCUUGUCAUACUUCAAACCCGUGUGGUGUGAACGGCUGUGACGCUUGUCAUCAUGAAUUGCUUCAUCCUGGAAAGACUACAGUAGUGAAUAAAUCAAGAGAAAUAAUUCAUCCGGCGGGAAAGUUGAAUUCUGCUACAGCUACAUCCGGUGUGCUUGGUACACAUCGACAGAUGGCAGAUUCAAUAUUAUUUCGCGUGAUUCCAGUGACGCUGUAUGGACCAAAAUCAUCACUCAAAACAUUUGCCUUUCUCGACGACGGCUCGUCGUUGACUCUAAUGGAUAAAGGUAUCGCAAAAGAACUUGGAUUAUCUGGAGAAGCAAGCUCAUUGUGUUUAAACUGGACUGGCGAUAUAUCCCGCACUGAGCCGAACUCGGAACGUUUAUCAGUAGAAAUAUCUGGAGCUAACAGUCAAACCAGAUAUUCUAUGUCUAACGUUCGAACGGUAGAGGGACUGAAACUACCAACUCAAAGUCUCAUGUAUGAAGAUCUGGUUCAAAACUAUCCUUAUCUUAGAGGUCUUCCAAUAAAUAGCUACCGAAAUGCCAACCCUCGCAUUCUUAUUGGAGUGGAACAUUCAAAACUCAGUUUAACUCUGAAGAAACGGGAAGGACGUACAAAUGAGCCUGUAGCAACACGAUGCCGUCUAGGAUGGACAAUACACGGAAGACUAGGAGAUGAUACUCAUAGCAGUUUAUUCCACCACAACCAUAUAUGUGACUGUAAUACAGACCGCGAACUUCAUGGUAUGGUUGAACGAUUUUUUUCAACGGAAGCAGUUCCACCAGUGGGACCCGUAAUUGAGACUGAAGACGACAAAAGAGCUCGUCGAAUUCUCGUUGAAACCACAGUACGUGUUGAUGGUGGCUUUGAAACAGGUUUACUAUGGAAAUACGACCACAUAGAAUUUCCCAGAAGUUAUUCGAUGGCCGAGCAACGAUUAAAAUGUCUGGAACGUCGAAUGAAAGCCGAUCCAGAAUUACAUGAAAAUCUCGUUCAACAAAUUCGUGACUAUCAACGCAAGGGCUACGCUCACAAAGCGUCGGAAAAGGAACUUUCUUUAGCAGACCCCAGACGAGUUUGGUAUCUCCCCCUUGGUAUUGUGAUCAACCCAAAGAAACCAAACAAAGUACGGGUAGUUUGGGACGCUGCAGCCAAAGUUAAUGGCAUCUCGCUGAAUACGAUGCUUUUAAAGGGUCCCGAUCUGCUAACAUCACUUCCAGCCGUUCUGAGCCGUUACCGACAGCGACAGAUAGCCAUCAGUGCUGACAUCAAAGAGAUGUUUCACCAACUUCGAAUUCGAGAGAGCGAUAAGCAUUCCCAGCGAUUUCUAUGGCGCGAAAAUCCGUUGCAAAUUCCUGAGGUGUUCAUUAUGGACCGAGCCACCUUUGGGUCUAGCUGUUCUCCAAGUUCGUCUCAGUACAUCAAGAAUUUGAACGCCGAAGAGUACUCUACAGAAUUUCCGGAGGCAGCAGAAGCUAUAAUCAACAACCACUAUGUGGACGACUAUCUAGAUAGUCGUGAUACCGAAGAUGAAGCGAUUCGUAUUGCUCGGGAAGUGAAAUUUGUUCAUUCCAAAGGUGGGUUUGAAAUCCGAAACUGGCUUUCAAACUCAGACAACGUCAUCGCACAACUCGGAGAAACAACAUGUGGUAACAUGAAGCGGUUUUUAUUUGACAAAUCGGUCGACGAAUCUGGAGAACGUAUUCUCGGCAUGAUCUGGUUGCCGAACGAAGAUGUUUUCACAUUUCCAAUUUUGUUUAGUGAUACUCUGAACGUAUUACUAUCUAAUUCGAUCACACCAACCAAACGACAACUUUUAAAAAUUGUUAUGAGCAUCUUCGAUCCAAUGGGUUUCUUGGCGACGUUUUUAAUUCAUGGAAAAUUGAUCAUCCAGGAGUUAUGGAGAGCUGGCGUAGAGUGGGACCAAGCUAUACCUGAUCGAAGUUUGCCUUUCUGGAACCGAUGGGUGUCCCAAUUUUCGCAGUUACCCCGAAUUCGUAUUCCCCGUUGCUACUUUCCAAAUUAUCAUUCAGAAAGUUACGGAAAUCUGCAGAUGCACGCCUUUGUAGAUGCCAGCGAGGCAGCUUAUGCUUCCGCCGUCUACUUCCGUAUUGAAGACCGUGGCGCUGUACGGUGCGCUCUUGUUGCAGCAAAAUCGAAGGUAGCUCCUUUGAAGCCACAGACGAUUCCCCGCCUAGAACUGCAGGCUGCAACUCUUGGAUGUCGUUUGGCUGUUACUGUUGAAAACAAUCACACUCUACAGAUUACUCGUCGUUUUUUCUGGAGUGACUCUACCACUGUUCUAUCCUGGAUUAGAUGUAUAGACCCUAGAAGGUAUACACCUUUCGUAACCUUCAGAGUUAGUGAUAUUUUGUCACAAUCGAAUGUUGCUGAUUGGAAAUGGGUACCGACAGCGGAAAACGUAGCAGAUGAAGCUACAAAAUGGGGAAAAGGACCUAACUUAAGCUCAAACAGUCGUUGGUUUGUUGGACCAGAGUUUCUCUACAAACCAGAGACUCAGUGGCCAAUACAAGGAUCACAUGCACCCGACACAUCUGAAGAGCUUCGUUCGAGAUACGUUUCUCAUCACGUGGAGAAAAGGCCGGUUGUUGAUAUUCGCCGAUUUUCCAAAUGGGAGCGCCUGUUACGAAGUUUAGCAUAUGUUCAUAGAUUUCUGGAUAGCUGUCAACGAAAGCGUCGAGGUGAAAUGGGCGACAAUAGUGAUAUAUUGCUUUCCGAGCAAAUUCAGAAAGCUGAAACGAGUCUAUGGCGUCUGGCUCAAAAUGAGACCUUUCUUAAUGAAAUUGUCGUGCUCACCAACAAUAGUAAACUUCCACCGAAGUUGCAAAAAAGGUUGGAUAACACAAGCUCCCUACGGAAGCUGAGUCCAUUUUUGGAUGAAUCAGGGGUGAUUCGAAUGGAAGGACGUAUUGUCGAGGCUCACUAUGUUCCAUAUGAGGUUAAAUUUCCGGUAAUUCUUCCGAAGGAUCAUACUGUUACGUUAUUACUGCUAGAUUGGUACCAUCGAAAAUACGGUCAUGGUUACGGAGAAACAAUUGUCAAUGAAGUCAAGCAAAGAUUUUACAUACCUCGACUUCGCUCAACAGUACGAAGUAUUGGUAAAAAAUGCUCAUGGUGCAAAAUUUAUCGUGCAUCUCCUGGUGUUCCUCGAAUGGCUCCGUUGCCAGCAGCGAGACUGGCAGCCUACGUAAAACCAUUUACUUAUGUGGGACUGGAUUAUUUUGGACCUAUUCUCAUUCGGGCUGGUCGGACAAACCAAAAACGAUGGGUUGCUCUUUUCACCUGUCUAACUGUUAGGGCAAUUCAUUUAGAGGUGGCUCACAGUUUGACGACGGAAGCUUGCAAAUUAGCAGUUCGACGAUUCAUCGCACGCAGAGGUUCGCCAUUGGAAAUCUAUUCUGACAUGGGAACCAAUUUCGUAGGUGCAAGUAAGGAUUUACAAAACGAAGUGAAACAAAUAGUUACUGGUGUGGCAUCUACCUUCACGAAUACGAACACUCGUUGGCUAUUUAACCCUCCCGUUUCUCCUCAUAUGGGAGGAGCGUGGGAAAGGAUGGUUCGUGCUGUUAAGAUGGCGCUUUUUGCUGUUCCAAUGGACAGAAAACCCACCGAUGAGUCGCUAAUCACGUUGCUGGCGGAAGCCGAAUUCAUUGUAAACUCUCGUCCUUUAACAUUCGUACCACUGGAGGCCGCGGAAAAGGAAGCUUUGACGCCAAACCACUUUUUGCUGCUGAGCUCUAAUGGAAUCUCUGUUCCUUCGAUUCUCCCGAUUGACGACAAACUAGCUUUGCGUAACAAUUGGAGCCACGUACAACAUAUGACGGAUGUAUUUUGGAAGCGUUGGAUACGAGAGUACCUGCCAGUCAUAACCCGACGAACGAAGUGGUUCGAUGAAACAAGACCGGUCAAGGAGGGUGAGUUGGUGAUUGUAGUGGACGACAAUGUACGUAAUGGAUGGCUAAGAGGGCGUGUGGUUAAAGUUUUGUGCGGACCGGAUGGACGUGUAAGAAUGGCGGAUGUGCAGACUUCUACUGGCGUACUUCGUCGACCAGUAGUCAAAUUGGCAGUGUUGGACGUGCUUGGAGUUAGUAAGACUAGUGCACACUAGCCUCACGGGUAGGGGUAUGUUGACGCAGUCAACACAGCUCUACUGUACGGUAAUAUGUGGAUACCGGCUGCCCAUAAGCGCGCCGAUCUAUAACUCAUUAUAUCUAUAGAUGAUAAGAGAUAAGUAGGGGAAGAAGAGUAAAAUAAGAAGAAUUUAUAAAACUCAUAUCAGAUCUGAUCUCGUCGAAUUCAUUAGAUCUAUCGAAACAGGGAAAUAUUGUUGAAUUGUUGUAGGUGAAAUUUAAGAAGAACUAAAACUGUAAGUGAAAUUAAUUAUAUACCACAAUCACACUGAAAUAUUAAACGUUAAAUAAAAUUUGCAGCUAAAAAGCGAUUCAAAGCUAAAUGAGCAGUUCUUUUACUCAACAUCAACAGAGCGAUUUCCAACACCUUCGUUAUGUAGGUGUUCAUAGUAGACUGUAAGUUCAUCUAGGCAAUCGACCUACCGACGAAUAACGUGUAUGUAAUCCGCUUGGGGAUGUACGUUCCAUCGCUUUGCACCAUUUUUUGUUUUCACUGUCAACACUGGAAAUACCCUUUUGUUUUUUGGUGUGGGAAAGCAUAGUUAAAUUUCAGAACAUUUUAAAGCUGGUCUACAUCCUCAGAGACCGUUCCUAAACUCGGACGUAUAUAGGAAAAAAAAUUCUCAAGACUAAAAAAUCAAUCUCCAAGUCUGCGGCCAAUUCAGUCAGGAUAUCGCAACAGUUACUUCUAUUCUCAAUUGAUUACCGCAUGAUAAAUCAUCACUAAUUUCUAUAAGCACCAUAUCGCGACCACACCAUAUUCGUUAUCUGGUUGUUAUUUUUAAUAUAAGUAAGAGUUGAUUGAUUCAAUUACGAACUCCCCACCAAACACAAUCAACCGUAUUUGAGUGCCUUCCAAAAUGUGAUGUGCUAAAUACGUCCGAAAACAUAUUGGCACUGUAUCAUACAAGCAACGCAUCCGCCUUGGAAUUUAUGAACUCGUUUCUAACUUGAUUAGAUACUUCAUAUAAAUAAACUGAUUUCAAGUCACUUGACAUUUUCACGAUUCUUUGAUAACAAAACCGCGUGAACAAGUUUCAGACUAAUAAGUCUCUCCGAACUGAUGAUCUCUUCCCUCACGGUUAUUGCGAUGCUUUUUUCGUAGAAACUUAAUAGCCUAGCAGUGUAUCAUCGUGUUUAGUUAUUUACUUCACCUGCACUUGUUUCGCUUAUUCUUUUCGUUUGUCUACUUCGAAAAACACUCGUGUGACUCAUACUAAAACUAGCUUUAUCGUGUUGUUUAUAUUAAAACUAGCUGGAUUGAAUAAUUGAUCUGUAUAUUAAUGAUAUCAGGGUAACAAAAUGGAAAUUAAAAUCAGGGCUGCGAAAAUCAAGAUAAAAAAAUCGUC